AUGUUGCUCCGAAAAUCAGUAUUUUUUCUACUGAUUUCUUCAUUAAGCCUCAACGUUUUUGCACAAUCGAUUGAUGAAGAGGAAAGUGUUAGUGUUGGUGGCGGAUCGGAUGGAAGUGGAAAUUUGAUCACUGAUGAUGAAGAUUUAGAGGUCUGUUUUUUGUCAAAAAUGUUUUUGUGAGACAGACAGGUUUAUGAAUCAUUUUAUACAAAAAGAACGGCGAAUCAUUUCCUGAAUUUAUCAUUAUGAUUAAUUUCAUUAUUAAUCUAUUUCAUAAUCAGUUUGUGGUUCACGUUAUCUUGAAAUGAUAAAAAAUUGUGAGAACAGGGAGGUUUAGAAAAAAAAAGAUCUCUGUUAUUAGCCUAGUUGUUUAGUAAUUUUGAGUGACCAGGCAUUACAUUUUAUGUGAGUAUGAACAUUAAAGAUUUAUUUCAAUGUCAGAUUGUCAAUUAUUAGUUAAUAUAUUUUCCAAUUUUUGCAGAAUUGAAUUUUUUUUUAGUUUCCGAAAAUUUAUAUAGAAAUUUCCAAAACUUUUUAAAAAUGUUUCUAACCUUUUUUGUUCAACACCAAAAAUAUUCUCACCUCCAGAAAAAUACAAAUUAUUGCUAAAUAUUUCUUUAUCUCAAAUGACCUCAAAGGUACAGGUGUUAGUUGUCUUCUCCAUUUUUUGUCCAUGUUAUUAUUAAUAUUUUAUAUAGUCGCAUUGCGCACUUCUUUUUUGUGUUGCGCAAUUGGCAACCGAUAAAACCCAAAAAAGUACUUGUGUAUAGAUAAAAAAUAAAACCAUAUGACGAUCGGUUCAACAAGCGUAAAAAAUCGAGAGGGUAUUGUGGAAUGAGAUGAGAAAGUAAACACAUCGAAAUACACUUUUGUUUUCGAAAUUUUAUAAUCCCUCCUAUGAUGUAAAUCUGAACAUGAGAAAAUCAAAUAAAAAGGCUUUUGUUUGAUUUGACUUGCUUACUGAAUGUGAGUGGAGUAAGUCUGGAGUGAAAUGAAAACAAAAAAUAUUUUUGUAGGGGUCAGCUAUUCCACCGGAUAGGCCAUAUGCAACAACACCACAAGUUCGACAAAAGUUCUCAUCUUCUUCUACUACUACACAACGCAUUCAAACAACAACAACUAGAAAGGUAAGCGAGGAUUUUUGAUUUGAAAUUGAAUAACCUUGAAAAAGUAGAAGACAGCUGACUUAAAUUAAUUAAAAUUGAAUAGGUGGAAUUUAUGGGAUUUGAAGAGGAAAAGAGGAAUUGAUAAAUGAUUUUGGAUUUUUUUGAUAGGAAAGGAUAUGUUUACUUAAUUAAAAUUGAAUAGGUGGAAUUUAUGGGAUUUGAAGAGGAAAAGAGGAAUUGAUAAAUGAUUUUGGAUUUUUUUGAUAGGAAAGGAUAUGUUUACUAUGAUUAUUGAAAUUUGAUUUGAAAUGUUUUAUUGAGGGAACCUGACAAUCAUUUUGGAACAAAAAUGUUCCUGUGUAGUUCCAAAAAUUUCAUUUUUUUAAAUCACAUAAACUAUUUGGGUGGUAUGGAAUUUCACAGGUAGAAUGUUUUUGCAUUAACUUCGUGAGUGAUCCAAAGCUUUGAAAGAACAUCAUAUGUGAUUUCAAAUCUCAUUACCUAAAAUUUUUGUUUAAAUUGGAGUUUAGGAUUGGUAGAUCAAAUAUGUAUGUGGAGUUUUCAUGCGUGUUUUUUUUUCUAUCAAAAAUCAAUAUUUUUCCAGAUCAUCACCCAAUCGCCAGUCGCACCAAGAAUUAUCACCUCACCAAAAUACAACGAUUCACCAUCGCCAUUCAAUAUGUCAUUAUUCUUUGGAACCACAGGAAUUUUGAUAAUUCUUGGAACAAUUAUGCUUCUUCUCAUGGUUUUGAUUUUAUUCAUCUUGUGUUUCAAGGCGAGAAAUAGUGAGUUUUAGUAAUAUUUCACCAAUAAUUUGAAAACAAUUUGGAACUUUUCAGAUAAGAAACAAGCAUAUCGUCCUGGCCAGCGAGAAAGUCCAGAUGCACUUUUGAAAGAUUAG